AUGUCUCGCAUUCUCACCGAACGAAAGUUCAAAGAAAUUGCUGCGGCUUAUGAAGUUUUAUCUAAUCCGACGGCUCGGGCUGAAUACGAUAAAACCGGUUCGGCACCGUCGUCAUCAACGGGUUUGGGAAUUGGUGGUGACAUUGCGGUUCCUCUCGGCAAGAUUGGUGUUUUAGAAAAAGAUUUUGCUUCUGAAAAUCCGAAUUUGUUUAAUCAUAGUGGAGGCUGUGAAGGAAAAGGAGAGAAAGAUCUUUUUAUCCAUGCCAUGGAAGCCGAGGAUUUUAGGAAUCAUGCUUUGGGAAUUAUUAAUAAUUAUGUAUCCGAGUUAAACAAUUUUAAGGAGGAAGUUAUCCGGCGUAUUGAGGCUUACGCAGAAAAGUUGAAAUAUCUUCGUAAUAGUGUAACUUUUGGAAGUAAAACACAAGUAACUAUUUUUGAAAAUAAUAUGAAAAAAUAUAUUGACGAUUUGAAGAAUAGCGAUAUAAAAAACAAGUCCGGAAAUGAUAAUCAUAAUGACUUACGCCAACUCAUAAUCCAAACCGAAAAUGAAAUAAGCACUAAACUCAAUACGGCGGGAGUAUCCGACUCCGAUUUAGAUUCUUCUCUCUGGUCGCCUUAUAAUUUUUGGCAAAAAAAAUUACAUAGUUCUAACCAAACUAGCGAAGUAAAUGAUUUCAAAAAUAAAAUGUUUGCGGCCAUUGACGAAGCCCAACAAAAAAAGAAUAAUCAGAAUGGAACCGGACCCAAUG